CGUGACCCAACCCGUCUUUAAAAAUUCUGGAACUUGGAAAGUACAGAUACACUGGGGGGGAAAAAAUAGCUAUAGGGACAUUGACCCUUUCCAUCUCUCUUCAACAGUUGCAGGUCCAUAUCUGAAGAUGUCUGACACAGAGGAAGUGAUUGAGGAGUAUGAGGAGCAGGAAGAGGAAGAAGCAAUUGAAAACGAAGAAGAAGAGGAGCUGAUGAAGGAGCAGGAAGAAGAGCCGGAGGGUGAAACAGCUGAAGCAGAGGAAGAAGAGGAGACAGUAGAAGAGAAAGAGGUUCAGGAAAAAAGCAAGGAAGAUGCUGGAGAGGAACAGGGUGAAGGAGGAGAAGAAGAGGCCAAGCCCAAACCAAACAGGCUCUUUAUGCCCAACCUCGUGCCUCUCAAAAUCCCUGAUGGAGAGAAAGUUGACUUUGAUGAUAUCCACCGGAAGCGGAUGGAGAAGGACCUGAACGAGCUGCAGACCCUGAUCGUUGCGCACUUCGAGAACCGCAAGAAGGAGGAGGAGGAACUCAUGAGCCUGAAGGAUAGAAUGGAGCAACGUCGGUCAGAGAGAGCCGAGCAAUUGAGAAUCCGGACUGAGAGGGAGAAGGAACGCCAGAACAGGUUUGCUGAGGAGAAAGCGAGGAGGGAGGAAGAGGAGGAUUUGAAGAGAGCCACCGAAGACGCCAAAAAGAAGAAGGUUCUGUCCAGCGUGCACUUCGGAGGGUACCUGCAGAAGACAGAGAGGAGGACUGGAAAGAAACAGACUGAGAGAGAAAAGAAGAAGAAGAUCCUGAGCGACCGACGUAAGUCGCUGGACAUCGAUCAUCUGAAUGAGGAGAAACUGAAAGAGAAGGCUGACGAGCUCCACCGAUGGAUUUUUGACCUGGAGGCCGAGAAGUUUGACUUGCUUGACAAGUUCAAGAAACAAAGAUAUGAGAUUAAUGUUCUGAGAAAUCGAGUUAGUGACCACCAGAAAAUCACGAAAGGUGUCCCUAGAGGGAAAGGCAAGGUUGCCGGUCGCUGGAAGUAGAUGCAAGGCCCCUCCAGCUGGGAGAGCCACAAGCCUGCCUUUAAAAUGAGACCACUCCAGUCUCCUUCACUGUGUUAGCUCUAACUCUAGCAGCCUGCAAUUAACACUGUAAUUAACUGACUAGUGUGUCUCAUACCAUUGUAUUACUACUGUUUAGGAUGUCAAAAUAUGAAAAGUUAACACAUGAGGUACCGAUCCACCAUUGUAGCAGCCAUUUACGAGUCUCAGGGAAGAAGCGUCAAUGGUGUGGCAUUGCCACUGUAUUUCUGUUGAAGAGUGUUUGGUAAGUGCAUGGAAUGCUUUAUGGAACUUUAGAAUACUGGUUUUGAUUUGUUCUGAAGAAGCCAUUAAUAGCUGAAUUCAAGCUGCAUGAGUUGAAUUGAGGGCUCGUAAACCCAGCUGGUCUGCAGUGAGAUGUGGCUUGUUGUGCUGCAUCGUUCGAAUACCUUACCAAUGCUUUCAUAGCUUUGCCCUCCCGGUUACCAUCAUGCUUUGGGGGCACACAUCAUGAUUAAGGCUGUAUUUAUCUCAGAUUUCAUGAUUUCCGUGCAAUGUACCCUUUGUCGUGUAAUAUGUAGUUCCCUGUGAAAAGUCCCAUUUCUGAAAGAAUAGUAUAAAUGUACAUUGCUUCAAAAUAAAUAAAGCAAACCUUUGCCUUAUUGACUCACUAUCAAUUUAUGAAUUUAUGAUUCAAUGAACUACAUAGAGGAGAGCGGCAUGAUUUCUUUAAAAUGUCUUCAACUGAGAAGACACUGAGCUGCAUCAAAUAUGGGAAAUCUUUCUGCUAAAGAUCGCUCUGCCCAGUACAAGAAGAGGACAUUUCACAUGUCUGUUUUUAUUAGUACAUUUUGUUUGUUUGAUAAUUCAGUGAUGGUGAAAAUUGAAUGUUUUUAUCAGGUGAACAUAAAAAAACGAAAUAUUCUACAAUUUAGCAUUUACUGUUUUUCAAGUAAGCUUUGACAUGUUUAAGAAUAUUUGCUGUAUAAUAACUCAGGAGAAUAUGAUUCAUUUGGAAAGUGACAACGCAACAUAUAUAUGCUUCAAUACAUUGUAUGUUUAAUCAUGAAAUAGCUUAAAAUACCUAUUUCUAGACCGUGAAAUGCAAUGAAACAUAUACCAUGAAAAAAAUACAGCCCUAAUCCUCAACUUCACUUUGUACGCCUUUGGUAAUAGACCCAGGGAAAAAAUGAAUUACACAGCGCCGUGCCAGCAUUCUCACAGCUCCAAGUUCCUUAAAGGAAUUAGAGGUGGUAAUAUUUGAGGAAUGGGCAUCUCUCUGUCGAACAAUAGAAACGCUCACUGGCUGAGUUUCAAGUGUUGCGUCCAUUGCGUGUGAUGUGCUGAAAAGCUGGCUUUCCUAUAACUUUUCUCACACACCGCCCAGUUAUUCACACCCCAAUCACAAUGCUGUCUAUACCAACCUUGUUUCAAUAAACAAUUUGAAGAUGACAUAUGUAAAACCAGAAAACGCCUUUCCAGUCGAUGUGAAUCACAUGUCAACUGACUGCGGCUAAGUUAUAUAACGUCAAAUGUCUGCAUGAGAGGGAAUGUCUAAAUAAAUCUGUUUGCAAGUGAA